AUGCUCCACUUCCAGGACGUUCGGGAGGAGCUGGAGCUGAGCGGGCACAACCUGACGUCCGUGCUGAACAACCCUCGGGAGACGUUCAUGGACUCGCUGUACGAGGCCGCGUUCGAGGCGGAGCCGCCGCUGCCGGACCUAGAGGUUGUGCGGGCUAACGUGCCGCACGGGAUAAGGGAGAUCACGCCGCAGGACGUGGAGCCUUACCUUCGGAAAACGGCAGCCCUGACCAAAGCGUACGAGCGGAACCACCUUGUGGCUCUCGGGCAGCAGGACGCUCCUCCUGGAGCAAGGGGCGGCGGGGGUGCAAACGGUCCGUCCGCGCGAAGGGCCAGCGCGAGCGACGUGGUCGUUCCCGGGGUGGAGGAAGCGCCGAGGUACGGGCUCGGACUUCGUCGAUUUCGGAACGGGGGUAGCACGGGUAACGCGGACGGAGGUAAGGAAGCGGCUACCGCGGCGGCGGCAGCGGCGGCCGCUUCGGCUGCCAACGGCGGCGGUGCUAAUGGCGGCAAGGCGGGGAGCGAGCGCGAUCUCGGCGGGAGGGGGAGCGUCAGCCAGUGCUUCGAGCAAGUUCCGAGCAUGUUUUUCGACAAGGAGUUCACCUUGCAGGACCCCGCGGUGUUCGAGUCGGCGGUGAUGGCGGCGGGGGCGGAGCAGCCGGAGCGCCUGGCGCACUUCCUCGACCUCGUGGAGGUCUGCCUGCUCAAACAGAUAUCCCAUCGGUCCGACGCGUUCUUUGAGGGGCUGAAAACCAGCCAGGAUCUUCAGACGCAUGUCACCGGCGCUUGCACGACACUCUACCAGCUCCGAGAAUCGAUGCGUUGCAUGGAGAAAGACGUACUCGCGGGACCGAUGCGCGUACCCCAGCUCCAGAGGCGCAGGGGCAACCUUUCGUCUCUCGAGGCUACGCUGGAGCUUGUCGCCCGGGUGCAGCAGUCUCAGGCGGCUAUCGAGGGACUACUAGCAGCGGAGGACUACCUGGGGGCGCUGGACAUCCUGCAGUCGGCCAAGAGCACCGUCAAGAACGAGCUGGGGAAGCUGCACAGCCUCAGGAACGUCGGCAGGCAGCUCAAGGAGUACGAGGAGCUGGUGUCCGGCCUCCUCAGCAAUCGCUUCGUGGCGCUGGCGGUAACCAUCCCCGUCGACGUCGUCGGCUCCGCCGCCGCAGGCGGCGCUGCGACCGGCGGUAACGGUAACGGUAGAGGUGAUCCCGCCGACGGCUUGUCCUCCUGGGAGACUGCUGCUGCCACCGACCGCGAAGGCGGUGAUGCCGCCACCAACGGUAGAGGGGGGGAGGCGGGGGGGGCGAUUAGCGCCGGGGGUGACGAGAUGCGGCGGGACCUUGAGCUGGUGGUGCAGGGGCUGCUGCGGCUGGGGGAGAUGGAGAGGGUGCUCGGGGUCGUCCAGGAUAGGGUCUCGGAGGACCUCAAGUUGAUUAUUAGGACUGUAGUGGGAGACUUCCUCGCCACGACCGACGAUGCAGGAGAGCUGAUGGACACCUUCCACCUCUUCGGAGACGAGUCGGCAGCGACGGGAGCAGGAACGGGCCCCGGCACCGCCGCCGGCGCCGGGAGUGGGAAUGCAGGAGGCGGUGGCGAGGACGGCGAGCAAGGCACGGCGGCGGCGGCCGGGGGGCAGUCGGUGGCGAAGCUCAAGACUCUCGACGGGGAGGCCUUUUGCUCCUGCUUGGAAAUGUGCUUCGAGCAUAUGCAUGAGGGAGGAGGGAGGGGGGGCGAGGAGGGCGGGGGGGAUGUGGGCGACCAGCUCUCGUCAGUGGUGACGAGCGAGGAAGGAUCGGUCAUCGUGGAGAGGAGUCGAUCCUGCCUGAGGAGGGACGGCCGCAGUUUGCCCUCCUCUGCCUCACUUCUCGAGAAGUCCUUUCCACCGGAAGAGGCACUGAGCGAGCUCAUGGAGCGUAGCGUGUCCCAGCUGCUGAGCGUGCGGCGAGAGCACAACUGCACCAAGCUGGACGUGGAUGAGCUGAAGCACUUGUGGGAUAUAACCGUCGCCUUCAUCCAGUCUGUGGAGCGGCUGAGCGGUUGCAACGGCUACAAGCUGAGGAGCACGCUUCUGUCCCAGGCCAAGGCGUUCGUCGAGGCUAGGCACGAGGCCAACAAGCAGACGCUCGUCAAGCGACUUGAUGCCGAGAAGUGGACGCAGGCCGAUGUCACCCCCGAGCGCCAGGCGGUGCUUGACCGCUUGUCCAGCGGCCAAGUUUUCCGUCCCUCCGUGUCUGCGGCCAACGCUAACGGUACCGAUGGCAAGGAAGGGAGUGGUGCCGGCGGCGGCAGCGGCUACGACAACGGGGGGUUGAGAUUGCCGGGGGACCCGCCGGCGCAACCUAACUUCGUGGGGGGUGCAAGGUCGGGGGGGCGAAAGGGGGGUAGAGCGGAGCGUCGUAGAGAAGCCGUGGUGGGGGGGGCGAGCUUCAAGGCCGUCGGGAGUGCGCUGCUGGUGGCGGAGAUGUCGGCCAACUUCCUGCAGUUCGCGGACCACUUUCCUACCAUCGGCACCGACAUCCUCACCAGACUUGGCGAGCUGUUGAGGGUGUUCAACUCUCGCGCAACACAGCUGGUUCUCGGAGCCGGUGCCAUCCACUCCACGGCAAAGCUCAAGUCCAUAUCGGCCAAGCACUUGGCGCUCUGCUCGCAGUCGCUUGGUCUGGUGCGGUCCCUGAUUCCGUUCCUCAAGGCCGCGCUGUCGGACGAAGACUGCCGCAGAAGCACCACCUCUUGCUGGCGCAGAAGUGGACGCCGUGGCGCAAGGUUAGACUAUCGGGAUCACCGAGAUAAGAUCCUUACCAAGUUUGUUUCGAUGAUCGAAGAGCUCAUCGAAGCCCGCUCGGGCACCCUGAAGCUCACCGAUUGGGACACGCCCGGAGGGGGCCGGGGGGCGGCGGUGGCGGCGGCGGGUGAGUCUUCAGGGGACGGCGGUGCCGCCGCCGGGGGCGGUGCGGAUCCGUGCCAGUUUACGGCAGACGUGCGGAAGGGCGUUACGGCCAUGCACAACAUCCUGCAGCAGCAGCUCCCGCCGGAACAGCUUCAGGCGGUGUUCCGCCGCAUGUUCGCCGUGAUCACGCGCAAGGUCCCUGCCUGCUUCCAGCGGGAGGGGGUGUCCCCCUCGACGGCGGCGGGGCGGCAGCGCAUCCUUGACGACGUGGGUUUCGCGUGCGCGGCGCUGUCGACGCUGCGAGGAGUGGACUCGAGCACGCUUGGGCUCGAGCAAGCUAUCGCGGAGAUCUACGGCAAGGGGAUCGACGGCACCGGUGGAGGUAGUCCGGCGGCGGUGGCGCCUGCGACUCGGGGGGGGGCGAACAAGGGCCCCUUGAUUGGUGCUGGUUCCGGCCGGUCGUGAUUGUUUUUUUUUGUUGUCUUUUUUUGCGGUUCGUGUGUGAAUCAAUUUUACGACCUUGCGGUGGAAGGGUUGGCUUGGUUUGGUUCCCGCUUCCUCUCCCUUGUCGUGUCGCCUUUGUUUGUGAACAAGCACGCCGGCCUUCGCAGUUUCGUUGUUGUCGGCGACAUUUGUUAACCUUAUUCAAGGGCCGUCCGAUGGGGGUCUAGAAGUCGCUUCAGGCGCGCGGCCUCUUCGCCUGCCGCAUGGUGUUUUCUUGGUUGUGUGCUUGGGUGGGGUGGUUUGUCGUUACUGCGGCGGGUAGCUUCUUUGCUGUCUGU